UUCAUAUUAGGAUCUCUUUUUUCAUUCGGUAAAUCUAAGCACUUGACGCGAAUGCAAAAAAUUACAACCGAUAAAAAUAUGUUCUUAUAAAAGUUAAGAUUUUUGUGCGUAAAUAUUUACUUUUUCCUAAGACUAUUUUGUAUAAAGUGAUAAAAAUGGGACCCAAACAAACCGCAAAUGCAACUGAAAAUAAAAAUAAAUCCAUGAGUUUCUGGGAACUAUUCCGAUAUGCAACUUCAUCGGAUUUUUUGCUGAUAUUCAUAGCCUCGAUUUCUUGCUUUAUUAAGGCGUUAGUUUUUGCUUUUGGCAUAAUUGUCCACAGCGAAUUGGUUGCGAUGUUUGUGGAUCGUAAUUUAGGCUUUGGAACUUCUUCGAAAACGAUUUCACUACCAAUAUUUGGUGGUGGCAAAAUACUAACAAAUGCAACCAGGGAAGAAAACAUGGCCGAAUUAAGAAAUGAUUCUUGGGCAUUCGGAAUUAUUUUUACAAUACUUGCAGCUUUGAUUUUUUUGUCUGGAGUUAUAUAUGUUGACAUUUUGAAUCUUGUGGGCUUAAGAAUCACUUCGAAAAUGAGGAGAGCAUUUUUUGAAGCAACUUUAAGAAAGCACAUUGGAUGGCAUGAUGUUGCAUCAAAUCAAAACUUUGCUGUUCGAAUUACGGAUAAUUUGGAAAAAAUUCGUGAUGGAAUAUCAGAAAAAUUGGGCCAUUUUGUGAAUUUGGCUAUAAGCGUCUUUCUUUUUAUUACCACUUCGUUUGUUUAUGGAUGGAAGUUGAAUCUUGUGACAAGUGCUUAUAUACCUUUGAUUUUGGCGGCAAACUAUAUUGUAGCUAAGUAUCAGAGCAAGCUUACGAUGCGUGAACAGGACUCUUACGUCGUAGCAGGGAGUUUGGCUGAAGAAAUCAUCGGUGCAGUACGAACGGUUGUCUCUUUCGGUGGUGAAAAACUGGAAUCUGAGCGGUUUGAUAAACUUCUGCUUCCUGCUCACAAAGCUAAUAAAUUAAAAGGAGUAUUCACUGGAAUUGGCGAUGCUGUUACCAAAUCAAUGCAGUUUUUCUCAGUUGCAUCUGCGUACUAUUAUGGAGUUAUUUUGGUCUUAGGCGAUCGGGGAAAAACUGAUCCGGAAUACACCCCAGCAGUUCUAAUGAUUGCUUUUUUGGGAAUUCUUAUUGGAGUGGAUAAAAUUGCGAGAUGCUCACCGUUUUUAGAUGCUAUUAGUUCAGCUAUUGGUUCUGCAGUGCCGAUUUAUGAAGUCAUCGAUUCAGCAACAGAUAUCGAUCCAAUGUCUUCAGAGGGAAAAAUGCAUGAUUCCGAAUUGAAGGGCAAUAUUGAAUUCCAGGAUGUUUUCUUUAGUUAUCCCUCUCGUGAAGAAGUAAUCGUUUUGAGAGGACUAAAUUUAAAGGUCCGAGCCGGACAAACGGUAGCUCUUGUUGGUCACUCAGGUUGUGGAAAAUCGACUUGUAUUCAACUUUUACAACGAUUUUAUGAUCCAGUAUUUGGAAAUGUUACUGUAGAUCAAAUGAAUAUAAGAGAGUUUAAUGUUUCCUGGUUGCGGUCAAAUAUAGCUGUCGUGGGUCAGGAGCCUGUUUUGUUUCAGGGCACAAUUGGGGAAAAUAUCAGACAUGGAAAGCCAAAAGCUUCGCAAACAGAAGUUGAAUCUGCUGCUAAGGCAGCUGGAGCACAUGAUUUCAUAAUUGAACUGCCAUUCAGCUACGACACUUCGAUUGGUGAAAAGGGAGUUCAAUUAUCAGGUGGUCAGAAGCAAAGGAUCGCAAUUGCGCGUGCUCUUAUACAAAACCCUAAAAUUCUACUCCUUGACGAAGCUACUUCUGCUCUAGAUUAUAAUUCCGAAAAAAUUGUGCAAAAUGCUCUCAGUGCUGCCAGUAAAGGUCGUACUACAAUUGUUGUGUCUCAUCGUCUAUCAGCCAUCAGGGAUGCUGACAAAAUUGUUUUCAUUCAUAAUGGGAAAGCUGUUGAAGAAGGCUCUCAUAAUGAUCUAAUGAAGCUACGCGGCAAGUAUUUCGACAUGAUUACGGCUCAGGAAUUCAACGAUGAAAAUACAAAUGACGAGGACAUUUUAGAUAGAGAGAAAUACUUUGACGUUGCCAUCAAUCAGACAAGAAAAAAUGGCAGCUGUCACAAAAAACUACUUAACAAAAAUAGUUUUUCCACAAAUGGAUCCGCUUUUGAAAGAGACAGAGAUUCCUCGCAGGGAGAAACAGAAUUUUGGAAAACAUUUCGAAGACUUUUGAGCAUUGCUCGGAGUGAAUGGUGUUACCUAGCUUUUGGAACACUUUGCGCCAUGCUAUAUGGUUGUAUCCAACCAGCAUAUGCUUACUUAUUUGGAGAAUUUUAUGCAGCUCUAGGGCAGAGUAAUCCUGAAGUUGUUUUGCACCGCACUUCUGAACUUGCUUUUAUUUGUGUAGGAGUUGGGUUUGCUGUGGCAGCCGUUUGUUUUCUUCAAGCUUAUAUCUUCAACUUAUCUGGAAUUGGUUUAACUACAAAACUUAGAUCAUUAACCUUUAAGGCUAUUUUAGCUCAAGAAAUCGGGUGGUUCGAUGAAGAAGAAAACAGUGUUGGAGUUCUUUCUGCAAGAUUGGCAGGAGAUGCUGCAAGUGUUCAAGGAGCUAUUGGACAGCCGAUGAGUGGUUUGAUUCAAGCAGCUGCAAAUUUUGUUUGCUGUUUGUCAUUUGCGUUCUACUUCUCCUGGCAAAUGUCGUUGGCUUGUUUGUGUACCUCACCCUUUAUGAUAGGAUCAAUCUUCAUCGAAGCAAAAUUCAUGGCAAGUUCGGCAGUGCAUGAAAAACGCACACUCGAGGAAACAAGUCGGAUUGCUACCGAAGCCAUUGCCAAUAUCAGGACUGUGGCUGGUCUUCGACGAGAGCCUCAAUUGAUAGAAGAGUACAACAAAGAUGUUGAUACUUAUAUACGGCUCCUCAAAAAAAAAUUCCGUUUUAGAGGAGUUGUUAAUUCAAGUGGUUUCUCCAUUAUGUACUUCGGAUACGCCAUUGCAUUAACGUACGGUGGAAUUCUUUGUUCGGAAGGAAAGGCCCAGUACUACAAUAUUAUCAAAGUUUCCGAAUCACUUCUUUUUGGUCUCUUUAUUCUGGCCAUUUCCCUCGCAUUAGCUCCAACAUUCACAUCCGCUCUCAUUUCCGGCGAUACUUUACUUCGGAUUUUAGACAGAAGGCCGCGGAUUAAAUCAUCCCGUCACAGUGAUGUUAGAGAAAAUUUAAAAAUUAAACAGUCAUUGAAGGGAAUUAGGUACAAUAACGUUUCCUUCCGCUACCCAACUCGGCCAGAUGUGCAAGUCUUGAACGGUCUGAAUUUGGAGGUCUUACAGGGAAAGACCAUUGCACUUGUAGGAGCAUCUGGUUGUGGAAAAUCAACUUGUAUACAACUUUUGCAGAGAUAUUACGAAACUGACAGAGGACAAAUCUGCAUAGAUGGUCAGGACAUCGAACAGGAUCUAGCACUGCCAACACUUCGUCGUCGAUUGGGUAUCGUUUCUCAGGAACCUGUUCUAUUUGAGAAGACCAUUGCUGAGAACAUAGCCUAUGGAGACAAUUACAGAGAAGUUCCAAUGGAUGAGAUUAUUGAAGCUGCAAAACUUGCAAAUGCACAUUCGUUUAUAGUGGCGCUGCCAAACGGAUUUGAAACAAAACUCGGAGCAAAGGGAACUCAGCUGUCAGGAGGCCAGAAACAACGAAUUGCCAUUGCAAGAGCUUUGGUUCGAAAUCCGCAGAUCUUGUUGCUUGAUGAAGCUACUUCUGCAUUAGACUUGCAAAGUGAAAGGAUCGUUCAAUCAGCUCUUGAUACAGCUUGCAAAGGAAGAACAUGCAUUGUCGUUGCUCAUCGGCUAACCACGGUUCAUAAUGCAGAUUUGAUUUGCGUUUUGCUUAAUGGAAAAAUAACCGAAAUAGGUAACCAUCAGCAGUUAUUAGCCAGGGAUGGUAUAUACGCAAAGUUGUAUAGAAGCCAACCAGCAAUUAGUUAACUAUCCCGUUCUGUCAAAUUUUGAUAGUUAACAUGUUAAAGUAUUUUUAAGUAGAAUUAAAAGUGUUUAAAUAAAGAAAAGAUAAGAAAUAAUUGUAAGGCGUAUGUUUGUUCAAAACAUUCACACACAAUACUGAAUCACAUGAUUCAAAUGUCAAUUUGGACAUUUCUGCUAUUACUGAAAAUGUCAAAAAUUAUCGAAUUAUGUUUUCACUACUGUAAGUAACCUUAAAUAUAAUGAUGACACCUUUUUUCUUCAACCUUUUUAUUUACAUAUUUGUAGGGUUAAUGAAAAUGCAUCGAAAACACAUUUCCUACGAAUAAUUUUUGACCUAUGUUUAAAUUGCACAAGAAUUUUUAUGUUAAAAAAUUAAGAAAAAAAGAAAUUGAAUAUAUUUAGAGCAAAUCGUUGAGAUGUUGCGUUCAAACAAAAGUUUAUUACAAAAAGUAAAAGUAUAUGUAUAAUUGUAAAACAUAUUAGCCUAAUUUAUAAUAACCUUAAUUUGACAUUGAAUUGCAUAUAUUAUUUUUUUGAUAAGUUUAUUUUAAAAUUUAA